UCCUCUUUCCACAGGCGAUUGGCUUACAGGAACAGAAGAGAUGAAUGGCGAACGAAGGGGAGGGGGUAGGGAUUGUGGGUAAUGCGUCAUCGACUGGCAGGGGCUCAUUUAAGCGGCCAGAGAGAGAAAGGGAGAGAGUGAGCUCAUGAGAGAUUGAGUGACAUUUUAAAGUCCUCCGCACCCGAAUUUCUGGAACAUUCCUUCAGUUCGCUGUCUAUUGCAGAGACGACUGAACGCUUUAGAUAGAGAGGUAUAUUUUUUGUUUUUCCUGCAGUUGGCUCAGCAAGGAGGUAGAUAACCUUGAAAUGUAGGUUACAAGGCCAUUUGUGGUCUGAGGAUAGUUGUUGAUGUAAGUGGACUUUUACUGUAAAGACAAACUGCCGGCUGCAUCACGGAUUGAAGAGCGGGUCUGGAGCCAGUUGACCGGUAAAAACCGACCGAUUUCCUGCUGCAGAGCAUCUGCUAACUUUCUGAUUGUCCGUCACCCUGGGGAAGGCAACCCCCCCCCCUCCCUCCUCCUCAUCACCAUCAUCAUCAUCGUCUUCGUCACCACAGCCCCCAUUAUCAUUGUCGCCGCUGAAGUGUAGCUCGGCAUCACAUUGCACCUCCGGCUUCAAGUGGAAAAGGUUGCGACUCGCAGGUUCGCCGAUCAUGCACAUCAAGACCACCAAGUGCAAUCGCUUCUGUCUGGUGGCCUCCGUCACCAACCCGGAAGUGUUCAGUCGCCCUGAGGCGCAGGCUGGUUUUGAAGCCUUGUUCCGUAGCUUUGACCCAGAGGUUCAGUUCCAGUACUUCAGGUCUUUCCGGCGGGUAAGAAUCAGCUUCAGUGAUGCCCUAGCCGCAGCCGAGGCGAGACUGCGCCUCAAUAAAACUGACUUCAACGGCAAAGAGAUGAGGCUGUACUUCGCCCAGUCUGUCCACAUAGGCAGUCCUCGGCUGGAGCCUCCCAAACCAGACAAGCAGUUCCUGAUCUCUCCCCCUGCCUCACCUCCAGUUGGGUGGGAACAGUCAAAAGACGCCAUGCCAGUUAUCAAUUACGACCUGCUCUGUGCUAUCUCAAAACUAGGACCAGGAGACAAGUAUGAGCUUCACACCGCCACACCCACUACCCCCAGCGUGGUGGUCCAUGUCUGCGAGGAUGAGGGUGAAGUAGGCGACAGCUCCCCACUAGAGGACAGUGACCAGGAUGAUAAGCCCCGCCCCAUGCGUCCAAAGAUCAUCCAGACGCGACGGCCAGACUACAGGUCCGAUGUGAAGCAGUGAAGCCACAGCAGUGGAUGUCGAACAUCCUCUCUGAGCUUGGAGGGGUUUUGUGGACUCCAGUAUCUGAGAGUCAUGCCAGGGGACUAGCAUUUCAUUAGAUGGAAGGGAAAACAUCAUGUUGAAUGCUGCAUUCGUGUCCCAUGGAAAAGACAGGAGAUGAGAACUUCCUGGUGGAAAAUCAGUUCAACCCUCAGUUUCCCACUGCAUGUAAAUAUGAGGUGUCAAAUUUAUUUUUAUUAAUUUGUCAAAGUUAAAGUUGUUUGUAGUACAGGAGACUGAGUGAGGUUUGGUUUGUGGUGACUUAAAAAUAAAUAUUUAACGCAGAUAGGAAUGGUUGAUUUUUUUUUAUUUCUUUAUUAAAGUCCUUAAAUGUGACUUUUUAUGUUACUCCUGCAUGUAUCCACCACUAUUGCACUGAAAUAAAAUAGACUCGGUGCAAUGUUAAUACCUUUAAACAUCGUUUCCAGAGAAGUACACUAAGAAUGCAGUGAAAACCUGUUAUAUUCUAAUGCAUUGAAUGUAUCCAAAGAAAUGACAAAAACUGUUCACCAAGCACCUGGAUUUUAUGUGGUGAACUAAUUGGGAAAUUGAUACUUGCAAAAAUCCAACCACACACAAAAAAAAAGGGACACAAGCCAGUUUUACAGCCUUUGCUUUGUCCCAUAUUUUUAAGGAAUUGAAACCAUGGGGUGGGGGGUUGUGUUUGUGUUAAAUUUUAUUUAAUAAAAUUAAGUUAUCCUGGAGAAUUUGGCUUCACUGCAUUUUUAGGAAGUUUACUAAUCAUGAGUGACAAAUGUUUCCACUCUACCUUUAAAACGGUUGUUUGUUGUAUAAACCAGUGGCAGUCAUCACUGUGUCUACAAACUGUGAUGUGUUCGUCUCACUUUACAUCUCGUCUCCUUUUUUUAAGCAAGUGUUUGUGUAACGACUAACAGUGUUUGAUAAUAAAGAAUUCAUUC